AUGGCUGCUAUUCGGAUCGCUAACCCCUUAUUCUUACAGCGUAGCGCCGCUCUCAAGAUCGACUGGGUCAAGGUGACCAGCUCUCUCGGCCUCCGCGGCCAGACCGCUGCCUCUCUCCAGGCCUUCAAGAAGCGUAAUGACGAUGCGCGCCGCAAGGUCCAGCUCCUGUCCGAGCAGCCCCAGACCGUCAACUUCGACCACUACCGCAGCAUCCUGAAGAACCAGGCUAUCGUUGACGAGAUCGAGGGUUAUGUCAAGAACUUCAAGCCCGCUACCUACGAUGUCAACCGUCAGUUGAAGGCUAUCGAUGCCUUCGAGGCUCAGGCCGUCAAGAGCGCUGAGGAGACCAAGGGCAAGGUUGAGGCCGAGCUCCGCAACCUGGAGAAGACUCUGGAGAACAUUGAGACCGCUCGUCCCUUCGAUGAGCUCACUGUGGAUGAGGUCGCUGCUGCUCAGCCUGAGAUUGAUGAGAAGACUGCUGCCCUCGUCUCCAGGGGCAGAUGGAUGCCGGCCGGAUACAAGGUGGGUUACAAUCUCCUGGACAUUUGCUUUCGUACGAAGCGACUUACUGACGAUAAUUUCUUGGAUAGGAGCGCUUCGGUGACUUGUCCGCUGUUUAAAUUGUCAGCAUUUGCAUCUCAUUUCCCCAUCUUUUAUCCUACAGCCAUUGGAAUUACACGACGGAAACUUUUUGUCAAGCCUGUUAACGAAUGGCUACCAUUCCUGAUACCUGGCAGUGUAUUUCUUUUGGUCGACGGAUCUGUAUAG